CAAAACUCUACGCUGUGAACAGGGCAACUGCCUUCUGGGAAGAUUCUAUUCACUCAAACGCGCACACAAACCCCCCUCUCCCUGUCCUCUACACCCGUCCACCCCCCUUUCUUUUAGUCUGCCCAGAGGGUUUUGUUCCUGCACCGGACAACUUUUUUCCCCUCCACUUCUCUGUGUGUGAGCUGUUUUGUUUUGGUUCUCUUCAGCCGGAUUCCUGAAUUUAUUGAAGGAUUCAUUGGACUGUCUAGAGCAUCUCUUCUCAUUUUGAAAUCAUUAUUCGCCCCAACGUUUGCAGCAUCCUGGCUCGGCGACGGUGGAGACGGGUUUCUUCUGUCCCUGAGAGGAUUAUGAGCAUGUGCUAGAAAGAGCGUGUGUGUGAGAAGGAGAGAGAGAGACGACGUAAGAAGACGAGAGAGACAGAGUAUAUUCGUGCAUGUGACUGUCGGGAAAGGAUGGCUCUGAGGCUCUGAGCUGCCUCGGCUCUCACAGGACAUACUCGCAUAAUAAGGAACGAAAGACUGACAGACAGACAGACAAACUCCACUCACAAGAGAAUAUUGUUCUCCUUGCGUUUCUCCCAGAGGCUUAACCAAACAGGAUUUUCGUGAUGCCGGCUGAAGUGAAGCAGGAGCAGAGCCCCAGUAACCAGACAUCAUUGGCUAUGAUGCAGGAGCCCCAGGAGGUUAUGGAGGAGAUUGUAACCAUAGAGGAAGACCCCGGCACACCCACCUCUCAUGUUUCUGUGGUUACCUCAGAGGAUGGGACUACACGCCGUACAGAGACUAAGGACAAUGUGACUAAUAUGAAGGUCACUAAGAUGGUCAAGACAGUGACAACACGGACAGUUCGACAGGUGCCACUGGGUCCCGAUGGCCUUCCUCUUCCAGAGGGCUCAUCUCCACUGGGAAGCUACACUGACUCCAUUGACCGGCGCUACAUGAAGAAUGGCGAGCGUUUCAUCACACCCCAGGCCACUUCCACCCUCACACGCUCAUACAACAAUUACAGCGACUCCUACAAUGAUGCUCCAGACAGUCAGUUUCGCCAUUACGCCCUUCACGAUGGAUACGGAGACAUGCCCAACAACUAUGGAAGUCUGUCUCGUGGAGUCAAUUACAGGCCCUAUCAACCCUACAUGCCCACCGGUGGAUACCGGCCAGAGAACAGCUACACUCUCCCCAUCCGCAAGGACGACUAUGGCCAUGUGGCCCAGCCUCAAGUCCCAAUGGGAAGUAGCACUGUGGAUCUCAAUCGCUCUCAGCCUGAGCGCUUCCAACCCGAACCCUAUGGCCUGGAAGACGACCGCCGCAGUCUAGGCCCAGAUGACGAAGAGCCGUAUAACCUAGAGCCUGAUUAUUCCACAGCUAACCGCCGCACACUGCCCGGACGUACCAUUCGAGAGCCAUUGCGCAACGGCCCCCGCGUGAGAGGCUACGAGGACCCCAUAGAGGCUGAAUUGAUCGAUGAAAGACACCCCUACAUCCAUGGCAUGUACCCAGCACCUCUUGCACAGCCCGAGAGGGGCAGCUUGGCCAGUCUAGACCACAUGGGUGGCCGACGCUCCCCCUCGAUUGACAGCAUCCGCAAAGACCCGCGCUGGAGGGACCCCGACCUGCCUGAGGUCAUCGCCAUGCUAGGCCACCCCAUCGAUCCAGUCAAAUCCAAUGCAGCCGCCUACUUGCAGCAUCUCUGUUAUGAAAACGACAAGAUAAAGAAAGAUGUUAGGCAGCUGAAGGGGAUCCCAGUGCUGGUGGGCUUGCUGGAUCACCCUAAAGCAGAAGUCCAUCGCAAGUCCUGCGGAGCUUUGAGAAACAUCUCCUACGGCAAGGACCACGAUAACAAGGUGGCCAUCAAGAGCUGUGAUGGGAUUCCUGCUCUCAUACGUCUGCUGAGGAAAACCAAUGACAUGGAAGUUCGGGAACUUAUCACAGGAACACUUUGGAACUUGUCCUCCUAUGAGCCACUGAAGAUGGUGAUAAUUAACCACGGGCUUCAGACGAUGACUAACGAGGUCAUUAUCCCUCAUUCGGGCUGGGAACACGAGCCGAACGAGGACUCAAAGCCACGAGAUGCAGAGUGGACCACAGUCUUUAAGAACACAUCAGGAUGUUUAAGGAAUGUGAGCUCAGACGGUGCAGAGGCACGCAGGCGGUUGAGAGAGUGUGAGGGGCUGGUGGAUGCCUUGCUGCAUGCACUGCAAUCUGCAGUGGGAAAGAAGGACAUGGACAGCAAAUCUGUGGAGAAUUGUGUGUGUAUCAUGAGGAACCUGUCUUACCACGUGCACAAGGAGGUUCCAGGGGCGGAGAAGUUCCAGGACCCCUCAGCUCUUCAGGGCCCUGGCUCUGCUGGCACUCAGAGGAAGAAGAAAGAUGAUGCAGGCUGCUUCGGAGGAAAGAAGGCUAAAGAGGAAUGGUUUAAUCAAGGGAGGAAAAACGGAGAGCUUGACAAAAACUAUGACACGUUGGACCUACCCAAGCGCACAGAACCCACUAAAGGUUUUGAAUUACUGUAUCAGCCGGAGGUGGUCCGACUCUACCUGUCCCUGCUUACAGAAAGCCAGAACUAUAACACGCUAGAAGCAGCGGCCGGAGCUCUACAGAACCUCAGCGCUGGACACUGGACAUGGUCGAACUAUAUCCGGGCGACAGUGCGUAAGGAGAAAGGACUGCCAAUCCUCGUCGAGCUCUUGCGCUCGGACUCAGACAAGGUGGUGCGAGCUGUGGCCAUCGCUCUGAGGAACCUGUCCAUCGACCGCCGCAACAAAGACCUAAUAGGGAGUUAUGCUAUGAGGGACUUGGUCAGCAACUUGCCCAGCGGACAGCAGCGGCCAGCCAAGAACCUGGAGGAGGAUACAGUGGUGGCCAUCCUCAACACAAUCCAUGAAAUCAUCAUUGACAGCUCUGAGAACGCCCGCUCUCUCAUUACUGCUCAAGCAAUCGACAAACUAGUGGCCAUCAACAGGACCAGCCAGUCAGCAAGGGAAACCAAAGCUGCUUCACAUGUACUACAGACGGUUUGGAGCUAUAAGGAGCUGAGAAAUGCCCUGACCAAGGAUGGCUGGAAUAAAACACACUUCCAACCGAUACCGACUGGCACUCCCAAAGGAUCUAAGAGUUGCAAGCCUGGCUACGACGAUACUACACUCCCCUUGAUGGAGACGAACCAAGACAACAGAGGGUGUAGCGGUGGGGAUGUGAUACCUAUGGAUGAACUCGGUCCAGAUGGCUAUUCGACGAUUGACCAGAGAGACAAAGACUCCAAGUACAAAAGCAGCGACGGCUCAUCUGAUCUGCAGGAGCGGGAGCCGUUAAAGGUCAGAGCUGAAGUGUCAGAAAAUGACACAAAUAGGAAACACUAUAUCAGGAGCAACAGGCCGACUGUCAGCCUGGUGGAUGCUUGUGAUGUAAAACCUCAGCCUGUUGACUCCUGGGUCUAAAUGCAUGCAUGGCUUAACUAGCAACAGCGCCACAUCUUACCACACAAGGAUUUCACGUCACCACUGCCAUUAACCGCAGAGCUCACCGUGAUGUGGACUCAUCUGAAGACUUUUGCCUAAAAGAGCGAGAGAAAAAUACAAACUUUCAUUCAACAGCCAAUAUUUUGAGAUUUCUCAACAAGUGAAAAGGAAAAAAAACAAAACAUUUCUCAUAUGUACAUUCCCACUGGACGUAGUGUACCCAGAACUGAGGAUUUGCUGUCACGGAGCCAGAAUGAUGGAUUGAUUUGAGUGUACAGGAAGUGCUGUCAUGGACGUGGACGUGUAUUGGAAAGAAUUGGAUUGAGGGGUAAAAGGAAAUAAGAAGAAAAACUAUUUUUGUCAAAACAAAAAAAUAUAAUUUUUGCCUAUAUUAUUUUUGUUGUACGUUUCUGCCUGAUUACUGUUUGUUUUGUGGAUUUGUUUUCCCCCGAAGUGCAGUGAAUUGUUCAUUUUGUUUUGAUUUGUUUUCAUUUUGUAGAGUUUUUAUGAAAUUUUCGGUUUUCUAAAUUAGUUGAGGACACUUGCGAAAGGAGGAAAAAUAAUGUUUUUUUUUUGUUGUUGAUGAUGUUCAUUACAACGGUGUGGGGGCACAUACAAAGUCUGGUGGGGGGGUCUAUAUUGAAAUGCACGCUUUUGCAAUUUCUGUGUGCUGGCUUUAUAAAGCAACUUUAAAGACAUAUUAUCACUGUGUUUGUUUCUUCUCACUUAGAACUGUUGUUAAAAAGCAGGGAUUUACCUGCUUACAGUGACAUCUGCUCGUAGUGGAGCUGAGAGGAGGAGAGCUGCUGUGCUUUCAGCUGGAUUUGGUCUGCUGAUCUUGUAUUCCCCUUGACAUGUCGAGCUGUAGAGGCAUUCUGGGUAACACUGGCACUUACCAAUUAUUGCUUUGGUUUAUUUAAAAAAGGGUAAUGAGG